UUGCGGGCAUUGUCUGCUGAAGGAGGAGAUAAGUGAAGGAAGGUGUUUCGAUGACUCAAGAGUUACGCGAAACACGGAUUCACUAAUAGGCACAUCAGCAUCAAGUAAGCAAAAUGGAUGAAGAAGGCAUCAGAAAACGAAGUUCAAAUCAAGAACCUGAUGAAACGCCCAUCAAGAAAAGCAAAUCUAUGAAUCUACAGAAAGAGGUGGGCCUGCUCAGUGGAAUCUGCGUCAUUGUUGGAACAGUGAUUGGUUCAGGAAUCUUUGUUUCUCCAAAAGCCGUUCUGGCUAACGUUGGAGCUGUUGGGCCCUGCUUAGUCAUCUGGGCAGCCUGUGGAGUGCUUGCUACGUUAGGGGCACUGUGUUUUGCCGAACUUGGCACAAUGAUAACAAAAUCAGGAGGAGAAUAUCCGUACCUCAUGGAAGCCUUUGGCCCAAUCCCUGCGUAUUUGUUUUCCUGGGCAAGUCUUAUCGUCAUCAAGCCCAGUUCCUUUGCCAUUAUUUGCCUCAGCUUUGCUGAGUACACGGCGGCUCCAUUUUAUCCAGGUUGUGACCCCCCCACAGUUGUCAUCAAGUGUCUGGCAACAGCAGCCCUCGGUGAGUAUUUGGCUUUUGAUCAGGAAGACAAAGGUAUCUGGAAGGUUACAAUUACUCUGGUGAAUGCCCUGAGUGUGAAGUGGGCGAGCUACGUACAGAACUUUUUCGCUGCGGCUAAAAUGGUGAUUGUCAUAAUUAUCAUUGUAAGUGGGAUUGUUCUUCUAGCCCAAGGAAAUACAAAGAACUUCAACAAUUCGUUUGAUGGUCCCCCGCUUUCUGUGGGUACCAUUAGUCUUGCAUUUUAUAAUGGACUCUGGGCCUAUGAUGGAUGGAAUCAACUCAAUUAUAUCACAGAGGAACUUAAAGAUCCUUAUAGAAAUCUGCCACUCUCUAUUGUUAUUGGAAUCCCUCUGGUCACAGUUUGUUACGUCCUGAUCAAUAUAUCCUAUUUCACAGUUAUGACGUCAACAGAACUUCUGCAGUCUCCCGCUGUCGCUGUGACAUAUGGAGACAGGGUUCUUUAUCCUGCUUCCUGGAUAGUCCCUCUCUUUGUGGCUUUUUCUACCAUCGGGGCAGCCAAUGGGACUUGCUUUACUGCUGGCAGGCUUGCUUACGUAGCCGGUCGUGAAGGACACAUGUUAAAGGUGCUCUCUUACAUCAGCAUUAAGCGCUUAACUCCGGCACCUGCUAUCAUCUUUUAUGGUGCAGUAGCUAUUAUUUAUAUAAUUCCCGGAGACAUCAACACCCUCAUCAACUACUUUAGCUUUGCAGUUUGGAUAUUCUAUGGUCUAACUGUGCUGGGACUCAUUGUCAUGCGCUUUACAAGAAAAGAUCUUGAAAGGCCUAUCCGUGUCCCUCUUAUCAUCCCCAUCCUUGUGAUGUUGGUUUCCAUUGUGCUGGUCCUGGCACCCAUCAUCACUGCACCUGAGCUGCCAUAUCUGUAUUGUGUUCUGUUUAUUAUCAGUGGACUUAUCUUUUAUGUACUUUUCAUCCACUUCAAAUUCAGCUGGGCUCAAAAAAUCUCAAAGCCCAUCACUAUGCACCUUCAGAUGCUUAUGGAAGUAGUUCCACCAGAAGACGUUCCUGAAUAACAUUGAAUUUUUCCAUCAUUAAAAAGGCUAGAUCCUGGAAAUGGUUCAUCAGGUAUGAUACACCAUGUCCACAACUAUAGGUCUCAAUGCUGAGGAUAGUGGAUGAUUGUGAGACAGUAAGUGUCCUGAAAAAGACACUGUUCUGUUCUUUCCCCCUGUAAAAUGCAUUCAUUUUUGUAACACAUUGUAUUCAGGGAUUUUCAGCAUCUUAAGAAAAUAUCUGAAUGGGGGGAAAGACCUGAGGAUUUGUAGGCCAUGGACUUGAUUUCAGGUAUGGAAUUUCCACAUUAUUUUCUCAGCAAGCUGAAAGGACAGAACAUACAGUAUUACAGUGCCAUCUACCAGCAAACAAACAUGGAAGUGCAAAGAUGAAAUCUCAUAUAUUAAAUGUCUCACAGAUUUAUAAAGGGUGGAAACCCAAACGAAAUGACAAGAGAACAUAUGGGAGGGAGAAAGACAUGUGAUCUAGACGUAAUCUGUAUGAUAUUGACUCCUGCGGUUGAAGAGGUCAAGACAAGUACCGUAAUACAUUGGAAUAGGCUGAGGCUUCUCAAAGAAUGACUCUGCCUUGACACAAUGAAACAUGAGCAGAUGAUGAGAAAUAUCUCAACACUGGAGCAGAUUUUUGCAGGCACAAUGGUUUGUGUAUUAGAAGUGUAGAGUCUGUCCAGCAUGAGGCUUAAGGGCAGAUCCUUGUCUGCCCAUAGGAAGUGUGUUUUUGCACCCAGGGAGCCUCAGCUUGGUUUGCUGCUGUCAUGGUUCUACCUCAGUAUCCUGCACAGCUGCAUCUUUUGAGGAGUGCAUGCAAAGAGAGAAGCUUAAUCAACAUUUUUUAUAUAAUUCCAAAGAAAGACAGCAAGGAGACUUGUAGCACCUUAAAGAUUUAAUGGAUUUAUCACAACAUUCAUAAAAAGAACUUUUGCCACACCAAUUUCCCUACUUGCAAAAUGUCUUCCCCUCUAAAACAAAGUUGCCACUAGACAGAUUUCAAUUUGGGUGCCAGACUAAAACCUGUUUAUUUACUCAGGUUUAAUUUGUAAUAACUGUCACCCAUGUUUUAUUGUUUAUCCACUUCCUCCUGUGCAGUUGGAUUUGCUGUUUUAAUUGUUGCACCCACUCUGAAAUCCUUGACUAGAGUGGGUUACAUAUAUUUUAAUUAAAUAAAUACAAGCAGAUUUAUUACAGGAUAUGUUCGACUUUUAAAAGUGCCAAAAGCCUCUUUGCUGCUACAGAUUAACACAGCUACCUCUUGGGAAGUUAGUAAAAGUAAAAAUGGGCUGUGGUUGUGUAGGCUGGAUCCAAGAAGCUACAUCUUUGAUCUGGCUACCACCAUUCCUCUUACCAUUGGUUUGGGGUCAGGGUUCCACAAUAUGUUGGUUUGGGAUGUGCAAGCUAGGUUUUCCAUGCUGUGCUCACCUGUUGUCUCAUUACUGAGACAGUGGAAAUAAUUUCAAAGGGGUCAAAGUCAGGACUCAUAUACUGAGCAGGUGGUGAUCUUGGAACAGACAUGUUUGUUGCUUUUCAAAAUUACUUUUAUGAAAGAUUUGCAGGAAAACCAAAGAUGUAGCAUUUUAUACUGCUGCAAACAUGGGAUGAGCUGCUGGUAAAUGGAACACUAGACGUUCUUUCCCUACCUUCCUCUGGCCUUCUCUAGAUUCCUUGUGCACUCUGAAAAGUCAAAGUUCCAGCAUUACUAUUUUGUGACUUGUUGCAAAUGCCUUUGGUAUAUUUUUAUUAUAUUUUCUAUUUAAUUAAUAAAUAGUGUCUAAAAACUCCAGAGACAUAAAGGCUGGUUUUAAGAGUGUUCUUUAUUGCUUUUCUAACAGGCAUAAAUAACUUUUCCCAUAACUAUUCAUAUGAAAUGCCUAGUACUUAAACCAUCACCAAUCACUAUAUUAUUCUUUCCAUUAGAACUCACUGUAUGAGGGUUCUGAGAAACUGCAGGGCUGUGUUGCCCCUGGUGCUAUGCUAAAAGUCAAACAAAAUUUUACAUGGCAGAUGAAACCACUAGUUUCUUAAUUUUCAAAAUAAAAGCAGCAGGAAGGUUCCACAUUGGAUAGGUGGACUGGCAGGGAAACAUAAACAGGAGGAGCUUGUUUCCCCCACCCAUUCAAAUUUCUUUCCUGACAUCCUGCUUUUACCUACAGAAGAUACAUGUUUGUUGCAAAAAAUUGCCAGAGACAAAGGGGUUAAACAGCCCUUCCCUGCAAUUUCUUUGACACAGUUUGUAUAAAUGAAAAUCAGUCUUGGAGGUUGCAAAGGCCAAACUCUGAGAAAAACACUGGCAGUGCAGCUCUAUGCACAUUUAGCUGGAAGCAGGUCCUACUUGAGUUCAGCUCCCGAAUAAGGCUGCAAUCCUCUAUCUGCUUACCUGGGAGUAUGCCCCAUUGAACUCAAUGGAACUUUUUUCUACUACAUGCAUAGAAUUAUGGCCUUAAGAAGGGUUUAUCACAACAUCCAACUUUAAGCCAAAUACUUCUGAUCUAAUUGCAUAUAUGAUAUACAGAGAUGUCCAACUGUUAUAAUGUCAUUUGGGUCAAUUAUGUGAAACACUGAAAGCUCAACAAUUACUGCCAUAUUCAUGUUAUAGAGUAAACUGUUGUUGCACUGUACUGUUACACAUUUGACAAUGUGGAGUGGGAAUAUUUAACUGGAAAAAGUAGGGGGAUUUAGAAAUUAGGACGCAGGCACCAGAGGGCAUGUUAGAACCAUUGCAACUAAUACCGGCAGCUUCCAGAGAGACUGUCAAUUCAGUGACAGAAUGCUACUCCUCGUUGGAGGAUAUAGACUAUAGCUACUAUUUAUCCAAUACUGUCAACAGAACAAUUAUUUUGUUAAGCAUACUGCCUUGUGAUCAUCAGAUGAAGGGCAGCAUAUAAUUUUAAUAAUAAGUAUAUCAAAGGGACUAUCAUAUAUAAUUAUGCCUGUGCAUCUGACAUCAGACAGUCAUUUGGGAUUCCUUCACCUUACUUUUUGUUGUUAUACUGCUAUGUGAACAGGUAGGGAAAGCUGUAUUUAUUGUAGCAGUACUUUAUGAUAAUUUUUAGUUCUUCUGAUUAAGUGGCUCUACCUGCCCCUCACAGCUCCUGGAUCCAGAUAUACCCUUUGAUUCUAAGGCCAUCUCUAAUUCUUCCUACACAUACUUACAGCUCUUUGUGCUAACAUAAUAACGUACAGAAACAGAGCAAUUGAACAAAGUGUCUAGUAACUAACCAUUUUGAAUAUUGAUGUUCAAGGGAGAGCUAUAAUUUGAUUUAACUUUUAUUAUCUAUCAUAUUAGAUCAGGAAAAAUUAGAUGUAAUGCAUCAGCUGUGUUGGUCCAAACAAUUCCACACAAAACAAACUGAUCAAAUGAUCAAAGAGCUAGAAAUAGUUUUCUAAUCAAGUACUUUAACCUUUCAAAUUAGUUCUCAUAUUCUGGAAACAAAAAUAUUUUCUGCACAGAUCAAUCAGCAUCUUAGUUUUACACCUUAUGAUACAGCUGACAAAGGGUAUAUUUAGUACAUCACCAGUAUUAAACUGGUUUUGAUGGCUACAUUUUCUUAAAGAAAUUAAGAUCAGAACUAAAUAUUAUGCUAGAUUGAACACCUGUCUCUAGCAAUACAACAUAGACACGACAUCACACCAAACACUUGGUAUAAAUGGAUGCCAGAGAGGGGGGGAAACCACAAUGCUUUAUGUGGCCGUUACAAGCAAAGGCAAUGCCUGGUUUGGGCUUGCACAUUGCCAUUUUAAACAGGUUGCUGGAAAGGAUUAAAACCUAUUCUCCAUUUUCCUACCUACUACAGAAACCUCUAAAUGUUAACACGCUGAAUGUUCACAAUUCACUUUCCUAAAUAAAUGGUUCUUCAUGCAACAUA